AUGGGUGGUCAUCAAGGUUACCGCACGGUAGCCUACUUUGUCAACUGGGCUGUCUAUGGACGAAAGCACACACCCCAGGACCUUCCCGUCGAGAACCUCACCCACAUUCUCUACUCCUUUGCAAAUGUCCGACCCGAUAGCGGCGAGGUCCACAUGACCGAUGAAUGGGCCGACGUAGGCAUCCACUACGAGGGCGACUCGUGGAACGACACUGGCAACAACAUGUACGGGUGUAUGAAGCAGCUUCACUUACUGAAGCGCCGCAACCGUAACCUCAAGGUGCUCCUGUCCAUCGGUGGGUGGACCUACAGCGCCAACUUCCGUGCACCCGCCAGCACGCCGCAGGGCCGCUCCGCGUUCGCCAAGUCGGGUGUCGAACUGGUCAAAAAGUACGGUUUUGACGGGCUGGACAUUGAUUGGGAGUACCCCCAGAACGCAGACGAGGCGCGCAACUUUGUCGAGCUGCUCGCCGAAACGAGGAGGGAGCUGGACCGCUACUCGCAAGAGGUCGGUGGCGGCCACCACUACGAGCUCACUGUGGCCUGCCCGGCUGGUGCGCAGAACUUUACAAAGAUGGAUAUCCCUGGGAUGGACCAGUAUCUCGACUUCUGGAACCUCAUGGCAUAUGAUUACGCUGGAUCCUGGGACUCGGUCAGCGGUCACCAGGCGAACCUGUUCCCGAGCCCAGACAACCCUGCGUCGACACCAUUCUCCACAGCGGCUGCUCUGGAUCAUUACCUUCGCAGUGGAGUGCGGCCCGACAAGCUCGUUUUGGGUAUGCCACUGUACGGCCGCGCCUUUGAAAACACUGGCGGUCUGGGUCAGCCCUUCCAAGGCGUGGGCGAGGGUACGUGGGAGCAAGGCGUGCACGACUACAAGAAGCUGCCUCUUCCUGGGUCGCAGGAGAUCUACGACCAGGCGGCUGGCGCGACGUACUGCUUCAGCCAAGACCAGCGCAAGCUUGUCACGUACGACACGCCCCAGAUGGCCCAGAUCAAGACACAGUUUCUCAUGGAUCGUGGCCUAGGCGGCGCCAUGUGGUGGGAGAGCAGCUCGGACAAGACUGGCGACGAGAGUCUGAUUGGGACGGUGGUGCGCACGUUUGGUGGACCACAAGCACUGCUGAAGCAGGACAACUGCAUCAACUACCCGCAGUCAUCGUUUGAUAAUCUCCGCGAGGGCUUUCCGAGCAGUUGA